AUGAAUCAUAAUAACAUCUUCCAUCAAUAUUGUCUUCAAAGAGUUCCCAUUAUCUAACCUCAACAAAUUUAUCAAAACAUACCUUUAUAUUCCAAACCAAUACACCCUUCCAAUUCACAUCAUAUGCCCAUGUCUUAUAAAAAUUUGGAUUUUAAAUCCUUGGAUAGGUAGUAACCUCCCAGACUAAAGUAGUUCGGAAACUUCAUAGAAUUCUAUAUUUAAUGAUAAUCAGAGUUGUUGUUGUUUUCAAUGCGGCAAAUCCAAUAAAAAACUUAAGAGUCUUUCAAAGUAAUUCAUUCCUUUUCACACUCAAAUGUCCGUUCUUAGAAAAAUUAGAAUGAUUAAAAGAUUUUAAAAUGCUGUCUAUUGCAUUAUUUAUUUAAUUCAAAAAAGAAGAAAGUUAAAAAAAAAAGAAAAACAAAAAAAAAUGUAUAGAUUCAAAACUAAACUUAAUUUUGAUUACUCCCCUCUAAUGCCUCCUUAAUAAUAGUAACUUUAAUCAAUUUAAUGUGAUGACAAAUAAUAUUUGCAAAAUCAUAAUUUGUCAUCUUUUUAGGCUAAAAUCAUAGAUAAUAAACUUAAAUAAAGACAAUCAAUUAGAGUUUAUUUAUAAUAGAAAUUAUAUGAAAAAGGUAUUUAUCUCUCAAUAUUAAAUAGAUACUUAAUAUGCUUUACCCAAAAUUCAUAAAAUCACUACUAAUUCCUUUACUAAUAUUUAACCAUUAAGAUUUUGUAAAAAUGAAGAAUAAAAAUCUUCACAUGUGUCUACACAAAUCAAAAUCACUCCACCCUAAACUGAAUAUAGUCCAACGACAUUCCAUAAUUAUUCUCCAUAUUUUCGCAACAUUACAUCUAGAAAUCAAGUUGAUAGCAUUUUUCAAAAUUCUUUUAGCAAAACCCCCAGAACUAUGAUUAAAAGUAUUUCAUCAGAAUAGCUCAUCUAAAAUUAACUAAAGCAUCAAUCUCACUCUAGAAAAAAUACUCCAACAGUAUUAAAGGGAAUUUCUUGAUUGUUUAUUUUGUUGUAACAUAAUAAUAUUUUCUUAACAUUACCUUUUUAUUAACUCAACUUCAUUAAUUCAUUUCCAAUCAAAAUAUAUUUAUUAUAAAUUAUAACAACAAUGAAUAGAACUCGUAGAUAAGAAUUAUUUCAAUUAGUUAACAAAAAACAAAGUUUUCUAUCUCCUUCAAUCAAAAAAACAUCCAAUAAUAAACCUUUUAGAAAAUAAAGUUGUAGAUGUUCAGAGUGUGGAAAUAUAGGGUUUUUCUAAGAUAGAUAAAAUGCUUUACAUCCAUAACCAUAUAUAAGGGCUCAUCAUUGUAAAAAGAAGAAAAGAAGAAUGCAAAGAAGAAAAGGUACUUAUGUUACUUCUUCCAGUUUAAAUAUUGGAGAUCAUAAAAUAACACAUUAAUCAUCAACAAUAACAAUAAAUCAAAAAAGGCAAAAACUAUAAUUGUGACUUCAUAAACUUAAGAAUCUAUAUAAAAAUGUAAAAGAUUAUUAACAAAAGAUGAUUAGCCUAUUAAUUAUGAGUUCUUUUAUAAUAAUGAAUUAAAAUAUUCCAAAGGCAUUAUGGAUAUGUCAUAAUACUCUUAAAAUUCUGAAACUGCUUUGCUUUCAUUCAUUCAUAUAACUAAAUCACCUAGUUUUGCAUUUAAUAGUUAUAAAAAUAUAAUUAAUGAAUCAAGAACUAGUUCAAGUGAUGAAUAAAAUGAAAAAGAAUCUAACUAAAAACAUUUAUAAUUAAAAACUCCACAAAUCAAAACAAAAAAUAUUUCUAUGCAUAAUCGAAAAGUUACUGAAGGCAUUAUACAUACAAAUAUUAAUAAAACUGUUUAAUAAUUUGUCUAAUCUUGCACCUCAAUCAAGAUGAUUAAUACUCCAAAACCUCAAAAAUAAAUUUAAUCACCAUAAAUUAAUUCAAAAAAGGAAUCUAACAAAUUUUCUGUUUAUUUAUUAAAUUCUCCUACAAAGGCACUCUUUGAAAUGAAAACUCAAAUUACUUUUUAAAAAAAAAAAACUUUAAAAAAGUGA